CACCUGCCAGCUAGAUGUGAAAGCUUAACAGUGCUAAUGGGGAGGUGUGACGGAUGCCUCCGCUCCGACUGAGCGAGCAGUGCUUUGGUUCAGGCAUCACCGACAAGCAGGCCUGACCGAUACCAGCCCUGCCGUGAGAACCGUGUGAGGCCGCAUCUUCUCAGGGACCGUGGAGUCUAGGCCAUGCCUUAUCAGGAGAUAACAGCACCGGCCUGAACUGGGGCUAGACAAAACUAAAACUGCCACAGCUGCACACCUGCACAAACACCCAGGGGGGGUUUGACUACGCGUCCAUCACUUUACGCUAUAAAUGCCUGUAGCCUCCCCGAGCCCAUUGCGCUCUCCUGCACGGCAGCGGGCCGCACGGCGGUGAUCUCCCCUUGAGCAGGGACGCCUCUCAAGGUUCCUCCUCGAGGCUGAGAGACCCUUUACCCGGCAUCUGAUAUCUACGGCGAGAUGUCAUGCCCAGAGGAACUGGCUGCCUUGGCAGAUGAGGACCUGCUUGACUUCCUCCUGAAGGAUGAUGCUCCCUGCCCUGAAAUCCCAGGGGAGGAGAACGGUGUGCUGGAAGACUGGGGCCUGCCAGAGCCUGAGCUCCUGGACAAGGAGAUGGAUGACUUCAUCAGCUCCCUGCUGAGCCCCUUUGAAGAUGAACCAGGCAUGCUGCAGGGUUAUUCGCCUGCUGACAGUGACAGCGGCAUUUCUGAGGAUCAGCAUCUGUCCCAUAGCCCUGGCAGCGACUUUGCUGGCAGCCCUCGGAGCUCAGACAUUGUGCAGGUUGAUCACAACUAUUCCCUCCAUCGGGACUGGCCGGUGCUGGAAAGCGUGAAGUCUGACAUGGCAGAAGGAGAUGUUUCCAUUGAUCUUGGGACAUGGAUGGGUUUGGAAGGCACAAGCAAGGCCCUGGAACAGAGUUCUGGUUUCCCCGUUGCUGUUGCUGUGGAUGCCGAACCCCAGCUUGUGCCUGGAGCCAUCGUGCAGUCUGACUUCCCAGAGCUGGUCCUGACAGGGGAGGAGAGGCUGCUCCUGAAGAAAGAAGGUGUUUCAUUACCAACCUGUCUGCCACUGACCAAAGCUGAAGAGCGGCUCCUGAAGAAGGUGCGUCGGAAGAUCCGGAACAAGCAGUCAGCCCAGGAUAGUCGUCGCAGGAAGAAGAUCUAUGUGGAUGGCCUGGAAAACAGGGUGGCAGCCUGCACAGCUCAGAACCACGAGCUGGAGAAGAAGGUGCAGCUGCUGCAGAAGCAGAACAUGUCACUGCUCGAGCAGUUGCGGAAACUGCAGGCCUUCGUGAGACAGUCCACCACCAAAACUACCACAGCAAAAACCUGCACUAUGGUCGUGGUUCUGUCCUUCUGCUUCAUUCUCUCCCCCACCAUCUGCUCGUUUGGGAGCAGAGAGCCACAGCCGGAGCUCAGAGUGCUGUCACGGCAGAUCCGCGAGUUCCCAAACCGGGUAGCACCUGAUGUGCGGGAGGACGCUGCACUGGAGGGGUUCAACCCAGAGCCUGAGGACCCCUCGCUGUUGGGCAGCCUCAAUCAAUCAUGGGAAGAGGGGCAGAGUCCACCCAACCCCGAUCCCGGAUCUCCUUUCAACAGCAACUCAUCCUCCAACCCUCCGGCAGCAGCAGGCUCCGAGCUGGGCCUUCCCCAGCCUCAGGAGCCGCGCUCCCAAAGCAACACUUUGCAGGCAGCAGUGCCGGUGGCAUGGAAAGCCAAGAGGCAGGAGUGGGUGGAACGUGCUGCCAGAGUUGUCAUCCAGCAGCACCAUGCCGAUGAGAUGUGACCACCGCUGCCUCCUGCUUCUCGGGGUGAUACUGGGCACCCUGCUGGGCAGGGACAAACAGGGCUGCAUUAACAGAUAAUCUAUCAAAGCAGAUUCUUCUGAAUACUCUCCCGAUUGCUGGCAGCUCAGAAGGUUUACCAGGGAGGAAUCAUUUUAGGGCUGACCUGUUCUGACACUCUGCUCUGUGUAUCUAUAGCAGACCUCUAUCUGAGAUGGGGUAGGAAACUCCGGGAACAUUGCUACGGCGGCUGACGUGGCCUGCAGCCCAGGGUGUGACCCGUGGCUUGCAGGGAUGGGCUGUGGCAUUGGAGGGUGAAGACGGUCGGGCCUGAGGUGCCCGUACUUGGUCUGACUGGAUGCAGUUGGUGAUGGAGGCUGCUGCCCUGCUUCUUCUCUGCCCAGGUGGAGGUGAACAGGCUGGGUCCUGCACUUCUUACUGUGGCUGGUGGCCGCAAGCAUCUGUCCCUUGUCCCUUCCACUUAAUACUGCAGUGUUACCUGAUUUCUAGGUGUGAGAUAGCGAGCUGACCUUCAGUACCCUCACAGAGAGUGGUCCUGCCAUUGCGACAGACCCUGCGUGUCGCCUGUUCCUGCUAGCUUUUGAGCCAUGGGCACAGCUCCUGGCCUGGCUAGAGAAGGUAAUGUGGAGUCCUUUCCGAGCCAUGUGUGCUGUUUCCCUUCCGUAGGGGCUGAGCCUUUCAUCUCCCACAGGCCUGGGAGCCAGGCUUCUGGGCCUCGGGGAGAAGGCAUGCCUC